UUAUUAUUUUCAUUGCUGUUGUUGUUUUUUUAUUCCCUGAACCCCCCUUAUUUUUAAGCUGCUUUAAGAACAAUGAAUUUAUUUGAAAGAAAAAAAGUAAAAAUGCAUUUAAACAUUUUUUUAAGAGAGUGUUUUUUUUAAAGUAUAACUAUUUGGAUGAAUUGCAAAAAAGCACCCUUAUUGAACUCGGAGUGCGAGUUGAGCCCAUCCUCACAACAUCAAACAAAAAGUAGAAGAAGAAACUCAACAAAUAGCUGGUGGAUUCUAGAACUUUCUGUAAAUGCAGCAGGUGCCAUUUUGUUUUAUCAAUGGACGGAGAUGGAUUACGAACUUGCAAGUCCUGGUGUGCUCUGUUCACUUUCAAUCGAGGAACUCUUAACAAAAAUACAAGAGUGGGGCUUAGAUGUCACCGAAGCUGAAGCUCAGCGUUUCAGAGACAAUGAGGUUGAUGGUGACACAGUUGACUGCGGUCUUACUGAGACUAUGGUUGCAUACCUUUUCCAAGCAUCCUUCAAAAAGCAGGUUAAAUUCAACCAAUUUGUGUCAAGGAUGAAGGAAUCUUCAGUGACGCUGACUCUACAGACUCUCUCUCCAGAAGACUGGCAACCAUCUACUUCGUCAACUUCAAUAAGCAAUGAAAAUACUUUGAGACUGCCAGCCUCUUUUGAAAUUCCAAGAUUUCCCAAAAAUCUGCAACUAAAACUGGACAACAAAGAACCGUGCCAUAAAAAUCCAAGGGACAGACACACAAUAAUCAGAGUUCUAUAUGAAGCUGUGGCACAGUAUACUAUGUAUCCCACAAAUUCUGAAUAUGUGCAAGCUGUGAAGACGCUGGUAAUGAAGUAUCCUUUCCUCAAGGAUCGUGAGGGAAAUGGUUAUCACACAUGGCAUAUGUCUUUGAGACGUAAAUUCAAAUCAGAGCGGGCACCACUAGUCGACAGUAAGGCAGUGAGGCGUUGUAAGGAGAAGUUUGGUUCUACGAGGAGAGGGCAGCCUAAUAAAUGUCAACGAACAAGUCAGAGAAAUGUUUGUCAGGGACCAUGCUUCCAAGGAGAGGAUUUAUUAUCCAUAGACGCCCACUUAAAGGUCUUACAGUGCCAAUAUCAGAAGAUGCAACUAGAUACCAUGGUGGUUCAUAACCGUAUGCAGCAAACGUUUGCUUGGCGGCAAAAAGAAAUUGCAGAUGGUAUGCCUGUGGAGGAUGUGUUGAAGAAGUACCCCUUCUUAGGGAUGCCUACUGGUCUGUGCAACGAACUCGGGUGGAUCCAACCAACAACAGCCAGCGAUUUCGUGAAGGGCUCUCAUGUGUUGCAGCAAAGGUGAUUGACCUUACACGAGGGAAAACCCCACUCUACCAGCUCUACCUUGAUGCAAGAGAGGAGGCUCUCACUGAUGACCUACCAGAUCUUGACACAAGGGCUGCACUUUUAUUCCUGCCAUACGUCUUCAAGGAGAAACUGGAUCUCUCUGUCAUACUUGGAGAGGUUCAUCCUAAAACCCCCUAUCCAACUGUUCAGCUACUUCAUGAAGACUGGAAACCAGUGUUCUCCAGAAGCGCUCCAAACAUUGUGAAGUUGGAUGGCAGUGAAGAGUGCAGAACCUCGUGUAUUUUUGAAGGAAUCAUCUCUUCUUUCUGCUUGUAUUUUGUCUUCAACCUUGCUUACCCAAAACAUCUGAAGAACACCCUGAUUUUUCUCCAAAAGUACAUUGUGAAAAUAGAUGAGGGUGAGGACCGGCCUCUGCCAAUCACAGUCACCAGUACAGUUAUCAGAGAGACUUCAGAGUGUUGGUAUUGUUGGAUCAGCAUCUCAAAAGUGGUGCCUGUUCAGAUUGCUGCCAUUUCUGAUGGCAGACCGUGUGCCACCUAAUUGUAAAUAUUGGCAUGUUUUUCUUCUAUGUCGUGAAAUAACAGAGAUUGUAAUGGCUAAAAAAGUGCGAAAAGAGAAUAUUUUAUUGUUGAAGUUGCUUGUCCAUGAGUUUCUCACAAAACUGAAAAGUGUAUUUGGGGAUGUAAUUACACCAAAGUGUCAUUAUUUAAUCCACUAUGCAAGACUGAUUGAAAUGUUCGGCCCUCUACGUUUGUUAUGGUGUAUGAGAUUUGAAAGUAAGCACCAGUAUUUCAAAACAUUGUCCCGCAAUUGUAGAAAUUUUAUGAACAUUGCUACAACUUUGAGCAACAGACAUCAGUUCAGACAGUGCUGGGAGUUUUCUAACAAAAGUUUACUUGGUGAAUUUGAAAAUGUUUUUGGAAAAAGUGUGACUACACCAUUUUUGUCAUUACCACUGGAACUGCAACAAGCACUGACAGUCUAUUGUGGCUUUUCUGAAGUUGAUAGUGCUAAGAAAGCUUUCCAGCGUGUGUCAGAAGUAAUUGUGAACAGUGUCAAAUACUGUGUAAGAGAUGUGUUUGUCAUUGAUGUACUGCAUUCAGAGAAGAUUCCUCUGUUCUGGCAAAUUAAGUACAUAUUUAAUAUUGACACAAUGUGGGUCUUUUGUGGAAAAAUUCUCAUUCCUCUGUUAUAUGACAACCAUUUUCAUUCAUACAGUGUUAGAGUUGAUAGUGAAUGGACGUUGCUAAAACCUGGACAGGAAAUUGAUGUUGCAGCUUAUGACACAUACUCUGCUUAACUGUUACAUACAAACUGUUAUCAACAAUGUAUUUAAGAAGGUAAUAAAUGUGACAA